AUAAGGAAGAAGACGAAAAUGACGAGUUGGGCAAGCAUAAGAUCAAUUUUCAUGCACGCGGAUGGUGUGGAUUGGAUGUUGAUGGGAUUAGGAUUAAUCGGAGCCGUAGCUGAUGGCCUCAUAACUCCUAUUUAUUUACUUAUCAUCGGCUUAAUACUAAAUGACUUAGGUGGUUCUUCCAGUGAUAGAACCUUCAUGAAAGCUAUCUCCAAGAAUGCUUUAGUUUUGCUUUAUGUGGCUGCUGCAUCUUGGGUGAUAUGUUUCCUUGAAGGAUAUUGCUGGACAAGAACAGGGGAGAGACAAGCAGCAAGAAUGAGAGAGAGAUAUUUGAAAGCAGUCUUAAGACAAGAUGUGGCUUACUUUGAUCUUCAUGUCACCAGCACUUCUGAUGUUAUCACCAGUGUUUCUAGUGACAGCCUCAUCGUCCAAGACGUCCUCAGUGAAAAGCUACCCAACUUUUUGAUGAAUGCAACUGCGUUUUUCGCAAGCUACGUAGUGGGUUUCAUCAUGCUGUGGAGACUCACACUCGUAGGCUUCCCGUUCAUUGUUCUUCUUUUUAUCCCUGGACUCAUGUACGGACGAACCCUCAUUGGCAUAUCGAGGAAGAUACGGGAAGAGUACAACGAAGCUGGUUCUAUUGCCGAGCAAGCCAUCUCUUUGGUGCGAACCGUCUACGCAUUUGGCAGGGAGAAUAAGUUGAUAGCUAAAUUCUCAGUUGCGCUUCAAGGCUCGGUGAAACUAGGGCUGAGAGAAGGGAUAGUUAAAGGAAUCUCCCUUGGGAGUAAUAGUAUCAACUACGCCAUUUGGGGGUUCAUGACUUGGUAUGGAAGUCGGAUGGUUAUGUACCAUGGCGCCAAAGGCGGUACUAUCUUUGCAGUCAUUAUAUGCAUUACCUUUGGCGGCGCAUCACUUGGUCAAGGCUUGUUGAAUCUCAAAUAUUUUUCAGACGCGGUUGUAGCAGGGGAAAGGGUCACCAAAGUGGUGAAAAGAGUUCCCGAUAUUGAUUCAAACAACAUGGAAGGUCAAAUUCUAGAGAAUAUUAAAGGACAAGUUCAAUUUAACCAUGUAAAAUUCAUGUACCCUUCGAGACCUGAAACCCUAAUCCUUGACGAUUUAUGUUUGAGAAUUCCAUCCGGAAAAACUGUGGCCCUGGUUGGUGGAAGCGGGUCGGGAAAAUCAACUGUGAUAUCGCUUUUGCAGAGGUUCUAUGACCCGGUCGCAGGAGAGGUUCUCAUAGAUGAUGUGCCCAUUAAUAAGCUGCAGGUGAAGUGGUUAAGGUCGCAAAUGGGUCUAGUUAGCCAAGAGCCAGUGCUAUUUGCCACAUCGAUAAAGGAAAACAUAUUGUUUGGAAAAGAAGAUGCGUCCAUGGAUGAAGUAGUGGAAGCUGCAAAGGCCUCAAAUGCUCAUACUUUCAUCUCUCAGUUCCCUCAUGGUUACAAAACUCAGGUUGGAGAAAGAGGAGUGCAAAUGUCAGGUGGUCAGAAGCAGAGGAUCGCAAUAGCACGUACCAUAAUUAAAUCACCAAAAAUUCUCCUUUUAGACGAGGCAACAAGUGCAUUGGACUCGGAAUCAGAAAGAGUAGUCCAAGAAGCCUUGGACAAGGCCUCUCUUGGUCGUACAACUAUUGUUAUUGCCCACCGCCUCUCUACUAUUCGUAAUGCUGAUGUUAUUUGUGUAGUCCAUAAUGGUCGCAUAGUAGAAACUGGAUCACAUGAAGAGCUCAUGGAGAAUUUGGAUGGUCACUAUACUUCUCUAGUUCGCUUGCAACAGAUGGAGAAUGAAGAAUCUGAUGUUAACAUCAGCGUAAGGGUCCAAGGUGGUCAAUUAUCGAUUUUGAGCAAAGAUUUGAAGUAUAGUUCAAAACUCUCUUUUGUCGAAAGCGGGUCUAACUUGGUAACGAAUUCAACAAUUGAUUUGAAUCUUUCUGGUUCGAUACAUAAGGAUAACCAGACACUUGUGCCAUCGUUUAAGAGAUUGAUGGGAAUGAAUAGACCAGAGUGGAAACAUGCAAUAUAUGGUUGCUUAAGUGCAGCUUUAUAUGGGGCCGUACAACCAAUAAAUGCAUAUGUUUCAGGAUCGAUGGUGUCACUGUAUUUCUUAACGAGUCAUGAGGAGAUCAGGGAGAAAACAAGGAUCUACGUGUUGGGUUUUGUUGGUCUAGCACUGUUUGUUUUCUUGACUAAUAUCGUUCAACAUUAUAGUUUUGCUUACAUGGGUGAAAACCUAACAAAACGUAUACGAGACAAGAUGCUCUCAAAGAUAUUAACCUUUGAAGUCAAUUGGUUCGAUGAAAACGAGAACUCGAGUGGUGCAGUUUGCUCAAGACUUGCCAAAGAAGCUAACUUGGUGAGAUCUUUGAUUGGUGAACGGGUAUCAUUGUUGGUACAAACCAUAUCAGGAGUGACCCUAGCUUGCACACUUGGUUUGGUAAUCGCUUGGCGAUUAGCCAUUGUGAUGAUUGUGACGCAGCCAGUGGUUGUUGCAUGCUUCUACACACAAUGCAUUCUGCUCAAAAGCAUGUCCAAAAGAGCAAUUAAAGCUCAAGAUGAGAGUAGCAAACUUGCAGCGGAAGCUGUCUCCAAUAUCCGUACCAUCAUAGCUUUCUCGUCACAAGAGCGGAUCUUGAAGUUACUCGAAAGGGUCCAAGACGGUCCACGGAAAGAAAGCGUUCGCCAAUCGUGGUUAGCAGGGAUUGUGUUGGGGACUUCACGAAGCCUUUUAACGUGCACUGGGGUUUUGAAUUACUGGUAUGGUGGAAGACUAAUAGCAGAUGGAAAAAUAGAGGCAAAAGCAUUCUUUGAGAUGUUUCUGAUCUUUGUGAGUACGGGCCGGGCUAUUGCAGACGCUGGGACCAUGACUACCGAUCUAGCCAAGGGCUCGGAUGCAGUUGGGUCUGUGUUUGCAGUGUUAGAUCGAUGUACAACCAUUGAGCCGGAGGACCCAAACGGGUAUCUUCCGGGAAAGAUAAAGGGACUAAUCAGCUUUGUCAACGUGGACUUUGCUUACCCCACCAGACCAAAUGUGGUUAUAUUCAAGUACUUUUCCAUUGAGAUAGAGGAGGGAAAGUCGACAGCUAUUGUAGGUCCAAGUGGGUCAGGUAAAUCGACAGUAAUAAGCUUGAUCGAGCGGUUCUACGACCCGCUAAAGGGUUCUGUGAGAAUCGAUGGCCGUGAUCUGAAGUCUUAUCAUUUGAGGUCGCUUCGUCAACACAUAGCUUUGGUUAGCCAAGAGCCAGCUUUAUUCGCCGGGACUAUCCGAGAGAACAUACUGUACGGAGGAGCAUCUGAAAACAUCGACGAGUCGGAGAUCAUCGAGGCGGCAAAGGCAGCAAACGCCCACGAAUUCAUCACAUCACUAUCGAACGGCUACGACACGAACUGCGGAGACAGAGGAGUACAGCUAUCGGGUGGGCAAAAACAGAGGAUUGCUAUAGCUCGUGCGGUUUUGAAGAACCCGUCCGUGCUGCUCCUGGAUGAAGCCACGAGCGCUUUGGACAGCCAGUCUGAGCGAAUGGUCCAGGACGCACUCGAGCGAGUGAUGGUCGGGAGGACGAGCGUAGUGAUCUCGCAUAUGCUUAGCACGAUCCAGAACUGCGACACGAUCGCGGUUUUGGACAAAGGGCAAGUAGUUGAAUGUGGAGACCACUCGUCCUUGUUGGCAAAGGGUCCUACAGGAGCUUACUUCUCAUUGGUCAGUCUCCAAAGAAAUCUCUGUUGACUGUCAAAGAUGCCGUUUUGC